UUUGCUCUUUUUUCAGUUCACACCCAAAAAUUAAAAAAAAAAAUCAAUUAUUCUCACAGAGAAAAAAAAAUCCAAAAUCUAAUUCAAUCAGUCUCCAUUGAUUCCGAUCGCUAAAACAAUACAAGAAAUUACCCUUAUAAACCGUUCACUUCUCUCUCGCCGCUGAGAUUUAGAUCUGCUGUAUACACUCAUUUCUAAUUCCAGAUCCAUUUAUUCAUCACUAACCCAAGGGAGAAAAAUGGGGUAUAUAGGGUCGCAUGGGAUAUCAGCACUGCACAGAUACAAAUACAGUGGAGUAGAUCACUCUUACGUCGCUAAAUAUGUUCUGCAACCCUUUUGGUCGCGUUUUGUUAACUUCUUCCCUCUUUGGAUGCCUCCGAACAUGAUCACACUUAUGGGAUUCAUGUUCCUACUUACUUCUGCUCUGCUGGGCUAUAUAUAUUCACCUCACUUGGAUACAGCUCCACCAAGAUGGGUUCAUUUCGCACAUGGAUUGCUUCUGUUCUUAUAUCAGACUUUUGAUGCUGUUGAUGGCAAACAAGCACGGCGGACAAACUCCUCAAGUCCACUGGGAGAACUUUUUGACCACGGAUGUGAUGCGCUUGCAUGUGCGUUUGAAGGCAUGGCUUUUGGCAGCACUGCCAUGUGCGGAAGGGACACUUUCUGGUUUUGGGUUAUUUCAGCUGUUCCAUUUUAUGGUGCAACUUGGGAACACUUCUUUACAAAUACACUGAUUCUUCCAGCAGUUAAUGGACCUACAGAGGGUCUGAUGCUAAUUUAUGUGGCUCAUUUUUUCACAGGAAUAGUUGGUGCUGAGUGGUGGAGUCAGCACUUCGGGAAGUCUUUACCCUUUUUAAGUUGGGUGCCAAUUAUUAGUGAAAUCCGAACAUACCAUGCUGUUAUGUUCUUAAUGGUAGCAUUUGCUGUUAUACCGACCGUAACAUUCAAUGUGCAAAAUGUCUACAAGGUUGUUCAGGCAAGAAAAAGCAGCAUGUUAUUGGCAUUAGCCAUGCUUUAUCCGUUUGCCGUGCUUAUGGUAGGCGUCUUGGUAUGGGAUUAUCUGUCGCCAUCUGAUUUAAUGGGAAACUAUCCUCAUUUAGUUAUCCUGGGAACUGGACUUGCAUUUGGAUUUCUUGUGGGGAGGAUGAUUCUGGCUCACUUGUGUGAUGAACCAAAGGGGUUGAAAACAAACAUGUGUAUGUCAUUAUUAUAUCUGCCACUUGCCAUUGCAAAUGCCCUAACAGCCAGAUUGAAUGAUGGAGUUCCUUUGGUCGAUGAGUUUUGGGUUCUACUUGGUUACUGUGUAUUUACAGUGGGGCUCUAUUUACAUUUUUCCACAUCAGUCAUUCAUGAAAUCACAACGGCCUUGGGAAUCAAUUGCUUCAGGAUAACUAGGAAAGAAGCUUGAAAAAAGUUGUAGGUUUGGAUUUUUUGUUUGGACUGCUUUGAAUGGAUGGGAUUUUUUGUACGAUUCGACUCUUCAUUCCGCUGGCAAGUGAGGAGUAAUUCAGCAAAUUGAUAAUGAUUGACUCAUCUUUUUGGUGCAAUAUUAAAUGGUAGGAUUGUAACAUGAUCCAGGGCAGUCUGGUUCAACAAUAUUGUUAUAGAUUAAUUAUUUGUCACAGUAGGGCAUGCAAUUUGUGGCAUACAAAUGCUUUCAUAAUUAUUUCUAUGGUUUAAAUUCUGAAAAUGUAGUAGUGAUCUUAGCUGCAAUUUAGCUUUACGUUUUUCCAACAGCAGCUGCAUGCUGGAUCUAAUUAAUGUGCGCGUUGUGUA